GGAGAGGGGGGGGCGCAGCCGGAGCUCACGUUCAUUAACGACCACCGAUAACCGGGAAUCUUCCUCCGGCAGCAUCACAGCGACACGCAGCCGGGGAAGAUGGUCGCAGUGCAGACGUCCAUGAAUUCGUCUCCAUCGGCGGAGUGGAUCUGUUGUCUGGAUAAAAGGCCCUCCGAGCGUUCAGGGGAGGAUGUGGACAUCAUACUGACGAGGCUGAGAGGAGUCAAGACAUUCCAGAGGUUUCCGCCUCCACUCCUGCUCCAGAUCUGUACCUGCGCCUUUUAUGAAUGCCUGGAGAAAGGCAUUACAUUGUUUCGACAAGGAGACAUAGGCACUAGCUGGUAUGCUGUUCUGUCUGGCUCCCUGGACGUCAAAGUGUCGGAAACGGCUAAUCAUCAGGAUGCAGUCACAAUCUGCACCCUGGGGAUCGGGACGGCCUUCGGGGAGUCCAUCCUGGACAACACGCCUCGCCACGCUACCAUUGUCAGCAGAGAGACCAGCGAGCUUCUCCGGAUCGAGCAGAGGGAAUUCAAAACCUUGUGGGAGAAGUAUCGUCAGAGCUUGGCUGGAUUGUUGGCCCCACCUUAUGGAGCCAUGGAGAGUGGAUCCAACAACGACAGACUGACAGACAAAGACAACAUGAACUCAGACUCUGGAAACAAGGCUCAUAACAAGGUAAAUGUUUCCAGUAGUUCCCAGUUUGGCCUUCAAGUGGACCAGGAACUGGGCUUCCACGACAAGUACCUGUUCUAUCGAUUCCUUGAUGACGAGGAGGAGGACACGCCGCUGCCCAGUGAGGAAGAGAAGAGGGAGAGUGAGGAAGAGCUGCCGGAGACCAUCCUGUUUCUGGCUCAGAUCGGCCCGGACGCUCUGCUGCGCAUGAUCUUAAGGAAGCCGCCAGGGCAGAGGACAGCAGAUGACCUGGAGAUCAUCUACGAUGAGCUGCUUCACAUCAAGGCCUUAUCUCACCUCUCCAACACUGUGAAGAGGGAACUGGCAAGCGUUGUGAUUUUUGAAUCGCAUGCAAAAGCUGGAACUGUGUUGUUCAACCAAGGAGAGGAGGGCACCUCUUGGUACAUCAUCCAGAAGGGCUCUGUAAACGUGGUCAUCUACGGCAAGGGAGUGGUGUGCACACUCCAUGAGGGGGAUGACUUUGGCAAGCUAGCCCUGGUCACAGAUUCACCUCGCGCCGCCUCCAUUGUCCUGAGAGAGGACAACUGCCACUUCCUCCGUGUGGAUAAGGAGGACUUCAACAGGAUACUCAGGGAUGUGGAAGCCAACACGGUGCGUUUGAAAGAGCAUGAACAGGCUGUGCUGGUUUUAGAAAAAAGCCACAGGGCGUCCACGUUGGGAAGCAUCAAAUACACUGUGAUAUCAGGAACGCCAGAGAAGAUUCUUGAGCACUUCCUGGAGACUAUGAGACUGGACAUUCAUCACAACGAACCAGACCCAGCAGUGGAUGAUUUUGUUCUCAUGCACUGUGUCUUCAUGCCAAACAGCCAACUAUGCCCUCUACUAAUGGCACACUACCACGUGGUCUCUCCACCGGGCUCUGAGCAGGAGAGGCUGGAGUACACGCUCAACAACAAAAGGAGGGCCCUCAUUCUGACCCUGCGCUGGGCGAACACACACACCUACCUGCUACAGGAGGAGCCUGCUGCAAUCUCUUUCCUGGAGGAGCUGUACGGAAGCGUGUCCAAUGAUUCUCGGACACUGAGAGGUCUCAAAGACUUGGUGCCUGACCUGGAGAAAGUGGUGAAGCUACACUCAGAGGAAGUCAAAUCAACAAAAAAGAAGACCCUGAUUCGACAGUUCAGCAACGGGGAGGAGCGGCUGCAGAAGAAACAGCCAAUUAGGAAUCAAGAUGACAUCCUCUUGAAGGUCUACUGCAGCGACCACACCUACACCACCAUCAGGAUCCCAGUGGCAGCGACCGGGAAGGAGGUCAUCAGCGCCGUGUCGGACAAACUCGGCACCACCGAGGAGCUGCUGCUGGUCCACUUCAGCUCUGCCGGUGAGAAGCAGCUGUUGAAACCUAAUGACGUGUCGGUGUUUUCUACGUUGAGCAUAAACGGUCGCCUGUUCGCCUGUCCUCGAGAGCAACUCAGCGGUCUGGCUCCUCUCCCGGACCAGGAAGGCCCGUCUGCCGGCUCCAUGUCAACCUUUGAGUUGAUGAGCUCCAAGGACCUGGCCUAUCAGAUGACCAUGUUCGACUGGGAGCUGUUCAGCUGCGUACAUGAGCAUGAGCUGCUCUACCACACGUUUGGACGGCACAGCUUCAGAAGGACCACGGCUAAUCUGGACUUGUUCCUGAGGAGAUUCAACCAGGUUCAGCUGUGGGUGGUCACCGAGGUCUGCCUCUGCACUCAGCUCAGCAAGAGAGUGCAGCUUCUCAAGAAAUUCAUCAAGAUAGCUGCACACUGUCGAGAAUUUAAGAACCUCAAUUCAUUCUUUGCCAUCAUUAUGGGGAUGAGCAACCCUGCUGUCAGCAGGCUGAGCCAGACAUGGGAGAAACUCCCCACCAAGUUUAAGAAGUUUUAUGCCGAAUUUGAGAGCAUGAUGGACCCGUCGAGAAACCACCGAUCUUACAGACUCACUGUCACCAAGCUGGAGCCUCCAAUCAUCCCCUUCAUGCCGCUGCUUCUCAAAGAUAUGACUUUUACACACGAGGGCAACAAGACUUUUAUUGACAAUAUGGUCAAUUUUGAGAAAAUGCGUAUUAUAGCAAACACAAUWCGACAAGUGAGACACUGUCGAAGCCAACCAUUCAAUCCCGAAAUUUGCCAGCCAAACAAGAACCAGGCAGAGGUGCGGGGCUACGUCAGGAAACUCUGCGUGAUCGACAACCAGAGGGCGCUGACGCAGCUCUCCUACAGGCUGGAGCCUCGGCGGACAUGAGCCGCAAGCCCUCCACCGCCGACGCCUUCGCUCCGUGACGUUGGCAUAAAGUACACAAACGCGUCACCGGUUUGACGCAGCCCAACAAGUGGACUUGUAGUAGCAAAUCACAGCAGUGAUUCCUAGAUCUGUGACGGGCUCAAGGACUCGUACUGUGCCGUUAAAAACGGCGCCUCCCGCUGCUGGACUGAAGGGAAACCGUGUCAGCUGCUCUCCCGUUGCUCUGUCUUAAAUCCUUGACCGAUUGUUUAUAUCGUACCAGUUAGUACUGUUUCUACAGACCCGCUAGAUAGAUCUGUGGUGUAUAGAACGUGAAUCAAAUAUCCUGCAUGGUUUUGAACUUCAUAGGCUUUGUGUUCUAUACAGUGGAUUUCUAUCAGAGUGUCCUGURUUGUUGUGUUAAACCCAGAGGAAGCAGAGUUUACAACGAAAGACUGAACCUGCCUGUYGAACCAACUUCCCACUUACCGACGUUAGUGCUUUAGACUUUAUUUUAAUAUCCUAUUAUAUACAGAAAUCUGAGAGUACAUAUUUGCCUAAUAAUCUAAAUUAUUCUAAUCAAAGUAUUUAAAAUCCRUAGGAUUAUACGUGUUACAUUUAAAAUGAUUCAACAAGAGUAUUAGUUUGAUCCGAGCCCUGAAGGUGUUUAAAACGGACGCUAAAGUAUUACAUUUUAUGUCAAAGACAUGAGAAGUAGCAUCUCUUGGAAAAUGCAAAUUGCCUGAUUGGAUCUCUGUAGAUCUGUAGGGAUUUUAUUUAGUUGACCUUUUAAAGGGAACCCCCAGUCUUAUCUACCAGUUGUGUUCAGUCUGUGUGGUUUUUAUUUUUGUAUGUGUACAUUYGGAGUGCGUGCCGUUCAUUUUUUUUCGUUUGAUCUCAGGAUCUUUUGCUGUGAUGAUGUGUUGAGAAAUUCAGUAGCUUUUUUCCCCCAAAAAAGCUGCCUGUAAGGUGUAUUGUAUGUGUAGUCUGCCUUGUAUAUAAAAAAUAAAUGAAUAGCAAAUUUA